UUCAGACAGAAACGGGAAAAAAAAAGAAAAAGUUGAAAAAAGACGAUGUGAACUGGUGGAGGAGGAGGAAGAAGGAAGGAGGAGGAAGGAGGAGAAGACAAAGGAUUCAGAAAACAAAGGCAGCGGUGGACGACAGCAGACACUCGUAAAAGCUACACCUCGGAGACGUCGAAGGAAUGGGCAGUUUUCCAGCGCUCCUGCUCCUCUGCAGUUUCCACGUGCUCACGGCUGUGGCCCAAACCGUGGAGCCUGGGCACACUGAGGCGCCGACAGGAAGUACCUUACCAGCCGCAGACUGCAGGGAGGAGCUGUACCCGUGCACCAGGAUGUACUCAGUCCACAGACCGCUGAAGAGAUGCAUCGGGGGUGUCUGUCUGUACAGCCUCCCCCGCGUCUACGUCAUCAACAAGGAGAUCUGCACGAGGACCGUGUGCCGGCAGGACGAGUAUCUGAAAGCUGAACUCUGCAGGGAGCGCUCCGGCUGGCCCCGGCGGGUCAAGAGGUCAUCCAACACCAAACGCUGUCGCAAUCGCCGUAGCAACCUGAAAACCUGGGCUAACGGGGACGGACCGGAGCCGGGCGUCGACCACCUGUGAGGACGGGGCAGGGCGUCGACCACCUGUGAGGACGGGGCGGGGCGUCGUCGUGACAACAUCCCAGAACAACGGAAAUUCAGCGAGCAGCACUUUCUUCAGUUCUCUUUUAGACCGGUGCUGGUGACAGACCCUCACCCUCACCCUCACCCCCAGCCUCACCCUCACCCUCACCCCCAGCCUCAGCCUCACCCUCACCCCCAGCCUCACACACACAUACCCGUGCUGAGUCAUAUCUAUGUUCAUGUAUCAACUCUCUGUGUGUGUGUGUGUGUGUGUGUGUGUGUGUGUGUGUACACACUGCUGGACACAGACCAUAGUUUUGAUGGUUCACGAGUCACUGUAGUGUAUACCAAUUACUACAUUGUGUACUGCCCCCUAUAGAACCAUCAGUGAAGUACAGGUGUGUUCAUCUGUAACAUCAACGUCCCUGAAAUAAACUGACAAUAAAAGAGUUCAAAAAGAAAUGACUUCAGAGGAGUACGAGGAGCAGCCCCAGAGCCACGGGUUGAAGUAACACUUCAUUCAACACACACACACACACAGCUGUAUUCAACCACCAGGCAGCUCAGGUUCUCCAAGGUACCAGUAGAGGGAGCCCAAGUACCAUCAAAGGUACUCCUACCACCGAUUGAGAACCAGGGCUCCUGUGUGGAGGUGUUUAUAAACAUGAAGACAGACCUGGACCAGUGAAGUCGGUUUCUCCUUCAUACUCCACUCCAUAUAUAUUUCCAUAAACACAUACAUUUUCAAUACAGUCACAUUUGGAGAGAAGCAGUUUAAACAGAAGACAAACGUGUUGCCAUGGUAACGGCCCAGCUCUCACUGCUCCACACAGCACCAACUCAAUUCUACAGAGACAGGUUUCAUACAGUGCAGUAGGAGGCGCUGUUGUCCAGGACGACGACCCGCUCACGUCCUCGGGACCAAUCAAGGAGCCGAAGCCGGUCCCGGAGCAGGAACGCAGAUUCAGCCAAACAAAAAAUGUCUUCAUAAGCUGCAGCUAAUCAGGAUAAAUCCCUGGGACAAACACAAUCUACCAGCAGAGAGCGCUAGAGAGCACAGAUCAGCGUUAGCUCAGUCUACAGUGAAUCAUCUUCUGGUGGUGAAGUGGACAGGAAGUGAAAUCAUCUGACAACACAGGACUGAGUCCAAAGACAGAGCAGAUUGUCAGUCAGUGCAUAUAAUCAGUCCCCCUGCUGGAGACUUGGAGAACAGACGACAGGUGACGAGGUCAUAUUUAAAACCAUAUAUACAAUAAAUAAGUUCUCUGUACAUUAACUUCAUCAUUAGUACUGUGUGGUUUAGGUUCAAGAUUAGGACGAUAGCUGUGGGAGGUGAACUCAUCACUACAGGGACGGACGCAGGGACGGACGGACCGACGGACUGAUGGACGGACAGACUGAUGGACGGAC